CAUUGUGGAUCUAUCCAGUAUGCAGUAGAUGGCAUCUCCAAAUUUGAGUAGUGAAGUGAUAGUGCUGCUUUUCCUAAAAAAAAGUGAUAGUGCUGCUGCGAAUGCUACUGUCUAUAGGAUCAUGUCACCGUUCCGGAGAGGCCUAGAAUUGGUGGAGAGAAUGUUUUACGGAGAUGCAAAUGUUCUCCGAUGCAAAAUCUCUAGCUGCACUAGAGUUGAGACACAUUUGCUGCAAAAUCAGGAUGGGGCAUAAUUGAAUGUACAAGGGACUUCUAUUGUGAACUGUCAAAAGUGCCCAUACGUGGGUGUACAUAUUAUUACAUGGUCAUUUGGACGACUUCAGAUGCUUAUCCUUCGGAUCCUGAUACAUGUAUCCGUAUCUGUGCUGCCGCCUGAUUGACGAGACGGACAAGGAGGUGAGAACUAAGGAAGACGAUGGAGUGGUCGCCGCCAUCGACAUCACCGUCACCGUCGCUGGUGGUGCGCAGUCCCAGGCAGACGGUUAGCCUGAUACGCAACCGCCGACCCCACCGUGAUUGGGCCCCCUCCACCAGGUCCCCCUCCUUUGCCGCCCGCGACCAUGGCCCCAAGCCAUCGGAGGUGUACGGCUUCGUCGGAUCCAUCACCACCGUCAUCGCCACCGCCGUCUACCUCGCCUGGGCAUACACGCCCGAGCCAGUCCUCCGGUCUGUCGGCAUCACCUACUACCCUAGCAAGUAUUGGGCACUGGCUGUGCCAUCGUUCUUGAUUGUGGCCGUGGUGCUGUCCAUGGGUAUCUACAUGGGUCUCAACUUCGUUGCCACUCCUCCACCAACUUCCUGCGGUACUAUCUUCGAUGAAAAUAGUCGGGAGCGCACAACGUUUUCUCCUGCAAUUGAGGAGGAGACGCCCAUUGAACCCAUAUCAGACAUUAGUAUUGAUCAGAUCAACAAUCUUAUGUUUGGUGAUAGGUGAUUUCUCCAGGUGGAAUAUGAGUUUACCAUGGAGCUUCAGAUUGGAAAGAGUAGCAACACAAAGGUUCCAUGACAACCAAACUUUCCUAUGGCCCGCACAAGCGAUUGAGACUUGAGAGCCCCAUUGAACACAUUUUCAGACAUUAGCAUUGAUCAGAUGAGACGAUGAUUACUCUAGAUGGAGUUUGAGUUUACAAUAGAGUGCCAGAUUGGAAACAAUGGAAACAUGAAGAAAGAAUCCACAUCACGUGAACUUUCAUAUUGCCUGCAAGCAUAACCAACCGAGGAACUCGAUCCUUCGGCUUUUCUUUUCUUUUCUUUUCUUUUUCUUUUGAAGGAACCCCCGGCAGCCCUUUGUGUUGUGGUAAUGUGAUACACUGUAUUAGAUUAGUAGUGCAUUUCUGUUGUUGUUGCUGCUGUGGUGGAGCUUGCAUUUGCGUGCACAAACUCUUUUUUUUUUUAAUUGAAAGGCUUCGUCCACUUCUGUGAUGUCUUUCA